AUGGCGACCGAUGCGUUUUGGUUGGCGAGAGUCGGCCUGGUGUUCUCGGGGUCCCGGGGACUUUGCCCGACUGUACUUAGCCGCACCUCAGUGUGUGCGUAUGUCCGUAAGGUAGCACCUCUGUGGCCGCUUGUCCCUGAGCGCCCACCGUCUGUCAUCCUUGAUUCCAGAUCGGGUUUGCUACUUUAUCAUCAUCCCCCCUCCUUCCCGUCACGUCCUCCGUCGUGCACUCGUGUGGCCUACUUGAAGCCUGUCUGUCCACCCCCACGUCGCGCCCCGGCUGAAACAAGAUAG